UUUUCGUUAUAAAAUGCAUAAAAUUUAGUUACUAUAUCUGUCAGCGAUUUCCAUUUAUUUUUGAUCAUACAUUGUUUUGUAGGGUUAGAUGACGAUACAUCAAUUUUUAUAUUUAAAAUAUGAGUUUUGAAUAUAAAGUGGUAGUGCUGUGCAGCAGGACUUUGUGAACCACUAACACACAUCUUCAACGUCUCACUACAACAGGGUGCCUUCCCUACAAUAUGGAAACUUUCAUAUGUUAGCCCGAUACACAAAGAUGGACCCAAAUCAGAAGUCUCAAACUAUAGACCAAUAUGUAUUCAGUCUGCGCUAGCGAAGUUAUUUGAAAAACUAGUCUUACCUCUGCUGAGUUUAUUCUUUACAGACAUUAUUACCAAUAGACAACAUGGAUUUACUCGYGGGAGGUCGACAUCAUCAAAUCUAUUUACAUAUGUCAACUAUGUACUUAGUGAAAUGAACAAUGGGCACAGAGUACAUGUUGUUUACACUGAUUUUAGUAAGGCCUUUGACAGAGUUAAUCACAGCAUUUUAUUGAAUAAACUAAAUUCGCUCGGCGUACAAGGUAAUGCCCUGAAAUGGCUCAGCUCCUACCCAAUAGAUAUACAGCUCCAAGUCAGAGUAAACGGUCACCUGUCUGCAAGUUAUGAUGUAAAAACAGGAGUACCACAAGGAUCACAUCUUGGACCUGUCCUGUUUAACAUAUUUAUCAAUGAUAUUGGUACGAACUUCAGCUCGGAGUACUUUCUUUACGCCGACGAUUUGAAAAUAUGCAGAGCGAUAGUAAACGACUCAGAUAUCCAGGCACUUCAGCACGAUAUAGAUCAGCUCUCUGCAUGGUGUCUCAAUAAAAAAUUAGAUCUAAACAUAAAGAAAUGUGCAG